UGGAACCUGUUCUGAUAUAACCAGAAACAAAAACCCAAAGAUUGGAAAAGAUAGUUCUGGAACCCCAAACCUUCCUCUAGAAACCACUCCAUCCUUCUCAUGAGUCAUGAUCCCUGUGCUGCGUCCGCCAUAUCUCUGCUCCUCCGUUCAUAUAAAUGACACAGGGCAGCAUUGCGUUCUACAGUCGCGCUAAUUUCUCAUCAUCAGGCAACCAAUCAAUCCAAGUCCAAGGGAAAUCAAAUCUUCGGCGAGAAUGAUGCAGGCGGUGGUCUCCAACCCGCAGACCGUCACCGCGUCCCCGUGGGCUGCUUGCCGCCCCAGGCGAGGCUCGGUGAGGGUCCGGUCCACCAGGAACGGAGCCGCCGAUAACCUCGACCAUCUGCGGAGGCCCCCGACGGCGACGGCUAGACAGCCGCGGCAGCAGGGGAAUGGGAAUCCUGCUCCGCGGAGGAGGGUCAUCCAAACCACGCCAUUCGGGCUAUGGGACAGCUUCCCGGACGCGCGAACGCUCGACCAGAUGAUGCGGACCAUGGAGCGCAUCAUGGACGAGGAGGACGACGACGGCGGCCGCCGCCCUUUCGUGGUGCCGGGCGCGACAACCGUGUCGCGGUCGCCCACGGAACGGCGCGCCGACGACCGGCGCGGGCGGUCGCCGUGGGAGAUCAAGGAGCGCGCGGGGGACUACCUGGUGCGGUUUGACAUGCCGGGCAUGUCGCGGGAGGACGUGCGCGUGAGCGUGCAGGACCGGACGCUGGUGGUGGUCGCCGAGAAGGCGGCGAAGCAAGGCGAGGCGGCCGGAGAGGACGGCAACGUGGAGGAGGGGGAGGAGGAGGAGCCGUGGCCGGCGGCGAGCUACGGGCGGUACAGGACGCGGGUGGAGCUGCCGGAGAACGUGGAGGUGGAGAGGAUCGCCGCGGAGGUGAGGGACGGCGUGCUCUACCUCACCAUCCCCAAGGUGUCGCCGUCCGGUGGCAAAGUCGUCAGCAUACAGGUGCAGUGAUGGACAUGGAUAAGGCUAACGGGAGUAGCUCAGAGUGUAUUUUUAGUUUUGAGGCUCCUUUGAUUCGAACAAGUUGUGGUAUUUUUAGUUUCCAGACUCCUUUGAUUCAAAAAUUGACCGUUCUGUCUGAGCCCAUAAUUUAUAUACCAGCAAAAUGAUCCGUUGAA